UUGGCGAGGCCGGCGCGAGGGGGGCGGGGCUGGGGUUGUUGUCGAGCCGCGGCCGCGCGCGGCGCGCGGGUUGGGGCCGUUGGCGGGCGCGCGCGCCCCCCCCCAUCCCCCCCCCACCCCGCGACCGUUGCCGGCGGCGUUCGCCGUUACUCGGCGUCGGGGCCGUUGCGCUGAGGUAAAUAGCGGCCCGCCUCCCGCCGGCGAUGCUCGGUGCCGCGGAGUGAAGCCGCCGCCGUCCCUUCGGCGACAUGGGCGAGCGCGGAACCGGCGGCGAUGUCAACUCCAACGUGCUGGUGGCCCGCAGCACCGGCGACGCGCAGCUGGACAAGGCGGUGUGGCAGUGGCUGAGCUGGGACAAGAACCCGAAAACAAAAGAACAGAUUGAAAGCUUGCUGCAGAAUGGGAAGCAUAAAGAAUUACGGGAUCGCCUCUGCUGCAGGCUGACCUUUGGGACUGCUGGGCUGCGCUCUGCUAUGGGAGCAGGCUUUUGCUACAUCAAUGAUCUCACAGUGAUCCAGUCAACGCAGGGGAUCUACAAGUACCUUGAGAGGUGUUUUUCAGACUUUAAGCAGAGAGGCUUUGUUGUUGGAUAUGACACACGAGGUCAGGUGACCAGCAACUGCAGCAGUAAGAAACUUGCGAAGCUCACUGCAGCAGUCCUCCUGGCCAAAGAUGUACCUGUGUACUUCUUUUCAACUUAUGUCCCCACACCCUUUGUGCCCUAUGCUGUUCAGCAGCUCAAAGCUGUUGCUGGUGUGAUGAUCACGGCAUCCCAUAACCGGAAGGAGGACAACGGAUACAAGGUUUAUUGGGAAAAUGGAGCACAGAUCACAUCUCCUCAUGAUAAGGAAAUUAUAAAAUGUAUAGAAGAGUGCGUUGAACCAUGGAAUGGCUCUUGGAAUGAGAAUCUGGUAGAUACCAGUCCCCUCAGACAAGAUCCUCUGAAGAAAAUUUGUGACUGUUAUAUGGAAGAUCUGAAAAAGAUCUGUUAUCAUAGGGAGCUAAACAUGCAAACAAACUUGAAGUUUGUUCAUACCUCAUUUCAUGGAGUUGGACACGACUACGUGCAGCUGGCUUUUAAAGCAUUUGGCUUUCAGCCGCCCAUUCCAGUACCUGAACAAAAAGAUCCAGAUCCAGACUUCUCUACUGUCAAAUGUCCAAAUCCUGAAGAAGGAGAAUCUGUGCUGGAGUUGUCACUGCGGCUUGCAGAGAAAGAAAGUGCUAGAGUAGUAGUGGCCACGGAUCCAGAUGCAGAUAGAUUAGCAGUGGCAGAACAACAGGGGAAUGGCUGCUGGAAGGUGUUCACUGGCAACGAGCUAGCAGCUUUGUUUGGGUGGUGGAUGUUUUCUUGCUGGAAGGAAAACUGUUCCAAAGAUGCUGAUGUGAAGAAUGUUUACAUGUUAGCAACUACAGUCUCCUCUAAAAUUUUGAGGGCAAUUGCACUUAAAGAAGGAUUUCACUUUGAAGAAACACUCCCUGGUUUUAAAUGGAUUGGAAGUAGAGUAAAAGAUCUCCUAGAUAAUGGAAAAGAAAUUCUCUUUGCCUUUGAAGAGUCUAUUGGGUUCAUGUGUGGUACAUCAGUGUUGGAUAAAGAUGGUGUAAGUGCUGCUGUGGUCACAGCUGAAAUGGCAACUUACCUGGAGGCCAAGAACCAAACACUAGCACAGAAACUCACUGAGAUAUAUGAAACGUAUGGAUAUCAUAUAUCAAAGACUUCCUAUUUCUUGUGCUAUGAUCCUCCUACUAUCAAAAGGAUAUUUGAAAAGCUUCGGAACUUUGAUGGCCCUCAGUCUUAUCCAAAGUUUUGUGGUGUUUAUAACGUACUACACGUACGUGAUGUUACCACUGGCUAUGAUAGCAGCCAGCUGAAUAAGAAAUCGGUGCUGCCAGUGAGUAAAAGCAGUCAGAUGAUCACUUUUACAUUUCAAAAUGGUUGUGUUGCCACCCUUCGGACAAGUGGAACAGAACCAAAGAUCAAGUAUUACGCGGAGAUGUGCGCGCUGCCUGAACAGAGUGACAGAACCUUUCUUGAAGAAGAACUUCAGAAGCUUAUUGAGGCUUUAAUUGAGAAUUUUCUUGAACCCGAUAAGAACGGACUGAUCUGGCGUUCUGCUUAGAGCUCCUGUAACUGGUGUUUAAAGAAGUGACAGCUUGCACUGCGUCACGUGAAGCAAAGGAACCAAGAACAGAACUCCAUUUAACGUGUGUGUGUGUGUGUGUGUGUGUGUUUAAAUGAACAGCUACAUUUCUAUCUAUAUAGAAGCAGCAUUCUUUUGUCAGCUUUUUCACCAAAGUCCGGGCUAACAGACUGGAAAAAGGGGAAAAGAAAUGAAGGAGAGGGAUGGAAUUUAUUAACUGGAAUUUUGCAUUCUUUUGACCAAAAGACUAAUUGAAUUAUACCAAUGUGAAUGAACUCGUGUAGAAGGUAUGAGACAGCUAAUAUUAGCCUCUGGACUUUGUCUUAAACUAAUUUCAAGUAGCCAGUACUUUUUUGUGUGAAAAGGUUUUAAAAUCUGGUACUCAUAGUAUUUGAAGGAAGUGAUCACACCAAACUGACAAAAAAAAAAAAAAAAAGAGUCUGCUUCUUCAUAGCUGUUGUGUGUGAAAGUAGGUGUCAUUGUUACAGGUCUUAAUUUACCAAUAUGUUAAAGUAGAAUUCAGUGCUUAGGAUUUCUUGUUUAGGCAAGUUGUUCCGAUACGACUUUUUUCAGCCGCAUAAAUAUCUUUCUGUUGUUAAAGGUGCUCUUGGUGCAUUGUAUCUUUCCUCUGUGUAUCUUAAAAUGUUUACUGGACAGUGAAACAAUAGUGGCAACACAUGCAGUUCCACUUGCAGUCUGGUUUUUGAAUUGUGUAGUGCCUUUCCAAGGCUUCCAAAUGAGUAGAAACUUGUUCAUUUGUUCGUUAAAUUGCCAGUUCUAACUACUGUAGGCUAGAUAAUCAUUUUUCAUCUACUUUCACACAUCCGUGAAGGAACUUAGAAACUAUUUAACUAUUUAACUGUUCUUUUUUAAUAGAGGUUUUGGGAAUUCGGCAACUUGUGAAAAUUCUAGUUAGUGACUUUUCUGUCUUUAACAACUUGAAUUCACAAUGUCCUUAUGUAUGAAAAAUGGAAGAGAGUGGAGGUGAGACACGGACCCCCUUGAUUUUUUUUUUUUUUAUUGUCACACUUUGAAAACUAAAUCUGUUAGAAUAGCAGUCUGCAAAUACUAUUGAUCUUUAUCUUUUAAUUCAAAUUUUUACUGUUUCUCCUUAUCCAUUUUCUACCUUUGCUUGAGUAGAAAGUGAUACUACUAAUCACUUUUUUCAAAAAAUAGGCUGAUGUAGAAAGUUCUAGUGUAGACAUAUAGCUAGUGUUUCAGAAGAUGAAAUCCAUGUUUCUGGCAUAGAAAAGCUGUGGCAGAUCUCUUUUGACUGAAACAACACAUUUAGAAAAACUGCAUAUUGAUUAACUGAGAAUAGUACUUAUUAAUGUGUGCUACUAAAUUACUAAUAUAAGCCUUCAGACCAAGGUCAGUGGUGUCCAGGACAUGUGUCUGCUCUCACGUUACAGUAAUUAAAUACAGCAAGUGGACACAACUGAACACUUAAACUCUAUAUUGAAGAAUAUGUAAGAACUUAAGAUGCACUUAAGUUAAAAACAUUGUUUUGCCACUAUUGUUAAAUCUCUAAAUUUGUCCUCCGUCUUAUUAUACCCUUACAGCUUGAUGCCAUAGGACUGUGCAGAGUGGUUUUAUAUGCAUUGCAUCUAGAUGGCUUCAAAGAGCACCGAGGUUUCUGUGUCUGUGCGAGUAUUGGGUAUUUCAUGCUGACAGAAGCUUUGCACUAUAACCGUGAAUAGGUAUUUUGCUGUAUGUGAAUGUACAUGUACUGCAAAAGGUGUGUUGCACAAAUUCUUAUUUGCCACCAAUAUUUAUUUAUUUUUUAUUUUAAGAGAAAAUAUUUCCAAAUAGUUCUGCAAUUGAGUGAAGUGUAUCUAAUGCCAAAAAAGUGGUGUUUAUGGAUUUUUUUGUUUUGUUUUUUUUUUGUUGAUUGUACAUUUGACUGACGUAGUGGGGAAAAUAGGUGAAAGCAUUUCAGCUUUGAGCGUACUCAUGAUAUUGCACAGCUUUGGGGAGGUAUCAGAGGUGCGAGGGCACGUCUCCGAGUGCUGCUUUGUCUUCAGCUUCCACAAGAAGGUGUAGGUUUGGGUCCUGCUCUGACUCCACUGAAGUUGAAGGAGGUUUUGUAAUUUGCUUCCUUGGCAGCCGACUCAAGGCCUUAGGUGUUUUGGAUUUUGUUUUUAAAUAUCCUACUAAUAGUUCAGAAGAGAACAAGUCACUUCAGAACAUGAUUUUGAACAAAGAUAAACACUGUAAAAAGCUUAUUGUGUGUGGUUAGGCCAGCUGUGUGCGCAUCGUAGCAGUCAGUAUUGGGCGUUACGUCUCGUGAGUUGUGUUUUGCUCCUGCAAAGAGCAGGAAUCUGCUCUUUCCCGGAGAGGUCUGCUUUGUAUCAGUAGGCCAGAGCUGUAAAUGUAGUAUAGAAGAAAAUUAUAGUUAUAUUUUGAAAUCGGCCUUCUUAAAAGUUGGUCGCUGUUCAUGGUUAAAUAUCUUUAGUAAAAGCAUACCUGAGGAGUUAAGUAUCUGGGAUUCUUCUCGUCGAUAGAUUGAGGCCCUUAUUAUUUGAGCAGUAUGUUAUAGAUGUAGUAGUGCUUUUGGAAUGACAGCAACAGGCACAACAUUGAAUGUAUUUUAAGGGUAUAAUAACUAUUGCUGUUUUAAAACUGCUGCUACCAUUGUUUUCCUAUUGUAUUUGAACUGUUUGAUAUAUUUAUACUGUUCCAUUUGUGGAACUUUUUUCCUUUUCUCCUCCCUCUUGUCUUGCCUCCCUUCUGUUAUUGUGAAGGACUGUAAUUCUCUUAUUUUAUUGCUUUAUAACUUUGUUAUACACAAUGUUAGAGUUUGUUGGACUUGUGCACAAUCCUCUUUCAGCUGUAGUCUGUUCUUUACUACUUUUCGGAGAAGAACAAAGGCUAUGAAAACUUGAGCGGGAGGCAGGUAACAGAUCAAAAUACAUUCUGGGUGUUAUUUACUAGGCGCUUCCAGUUAACAUACACCUUUUCAAAGGCUGGUCUACAGCACAUCAUCAACUUAAACUGUAACUAUACCGCCAGUGAUUUAUUUUUAGCAUUUGAUAAAACUAAGAGUGCUUCUUUCGUGUCUUUUCCAUUUUUGAUGUGGUGAGUUUAAUCUGUCUCACUCAGAUAUGUGGUAACUGGGAUCCUGCCUGAAUAGGUUUCCUAAUUUCCUUUAUUUUAAAUACCUAGUUCUUCUUUUGUGAAGAAGUGUGUGUGUGUGUGUGUGUGUGUGUGUGUGCGCGUGCGCGCUUAUUUGUAUCAUCCACAUAGUAAAGUAAGGAUUAAAAUUCUCUGUGUCUGUUUCAGGCAUUGGAGUGACUUACAACAUGCAGUGUGCAGUGCCUGGGGCUCUCGCCUGCCUUGGGUAGUUCUCGACUAAUCUCAGGCUCUUGCUGUAUCUUUAGUCAAAGGAUACCUGCAUGUUGGAAAUUAUGAUGUUAUUCCCUGAUGUAGCAGUAGUCAGGUUGCACUCCUUGUCCCAUGUGUGCCUGGUUCCUAAAGUAUUAGGGAUUUCAGUUCUCAUUUUACUAAAGGUGUGUGGUUGUGUGCAUUUCCCAAAAUAUCGAGGGGGGGAAAAGCCACCAGGUGGAAUGAUGAUUUCUUUUGUGUAGAAUGGGGUAGAAGGUGUAGACUGUCUUUGGAAAGCUGUUCUGUUAAUUCUAGAAAAAAUACUGCGGUGGUGCUGACCUUGGCACCUUGAAUGGUCCUGAUGCUUGCUUCGAAUGUUACUCCUGCGUCUGAGGAACGCUUCAUGGAGAACUUUACAAAGAAUCUGGUGUAGCCACUGCUGGCUACAGGACAUCUCAGAUCCAGGCCUGGACAUAAAGAACUGAUUCCAGGGCACGAAGAGAUGAGAUGCUUGCAGAGACCGGACGGCGGAGGUGUAGCUCGCCACGUCAACGCAGUGCAGUGGCUGUAAUGUCCGUCGCACCGUGUGUUGCAGGUUAAGAGUCCGUAGUCUCAGCAAAGGGUUUGGUCUGCCCGUUUCACCACACCAACCCCAAUUUUUGUCAUGCGUUAAAUGCUAUGUGCCGUUUCUUUAAAACAACAAAAAAUAGCAGAUGAAUAAGGCUGAAAAUUGGAUGUUCCCUUUAAAGGUACUUUUGUCAAAAUUUCAUUUCGUCUCUUCCCCCUUUUUGCUGUUCUGUUCCCACCGUACAAGAGAGGUUGGGUGAUGCCUGGAUGAUUAGAGUCCAUCCUGAUACUGAAUUCCUGCUACACAGUGCAUUUUCUAUCCUCCCCCACCCACUGCGUGCUCAAAAGUAGCUUUGUACAAGGUAAUUGAAGCUCGGUAUCUGAAGUUGCGUUGUUCCUGUCUAGAGUGCUGGGGAGUCGUAGAUCUGUACUCUUGUUUAUCCAGUGUCUGGUCUCCUGUAAGACUAGGGCAUAUUAUAAAUACGGAGUGGGAAUUUGCACUUUUCUGAAGUACUUCUGUGUGUAUUGCUAUGUGGAUUUAGCUGAAUGAAGUGUCUUAAGUAAUAAAAUGUUCUCUUCGUAGUAGCAAUC